CCAAUUGGUGAACUAUAUGGUGAUGUAAAAUUACAAGUGCAGGGAGGUGUGUGAAUUCCACGAAUGCCAAAAUGAAACCAAACCCUGAAUUUUUUAUGGGAAAUUUGUUUUCCAGGGAGUCCACAAUCCCCAUCUAACGGCUGCAGUUGUUAAUUUUUACGGAGAUCCUCUCCCAAGUUUUACAGAGGCGGGCUCCAAAAAACCAUAGCUGCCUGCAAGUCCUCACACUUACCUUGGCACUCAUACGAAACCAUGGAUCUCCAUCUCCUAAUCCCAUCACUCACCUCUGUUGCUAUACUAGCAUUCUUCUUCGCUUACUUUGCCGUUGCCCGAUAUAUACUCCCAGAAAAACUCGUCCCGGACACCGUAUUGCAAGAUGGCUCUCGUCUCCAUUACCGCUGUAAUGGUCUGCUGUCGCUUCUCAUUCUCGCUGGGAUUCUCGGAGCUGCUUCCAAGUUGGAUAUCAUAUCACUUAAUGUACUAGCAGAUAGAGGACUUGAGCUAUUAUCCACAACUUUGGUGUUUAGUUUUCUGGUCGCACUUGUACUUUACGUUGUUGGCUGCCAAUCAAGCAACCACAGUUCUUCCUUAAAGCCUCAUGUGUCUGGGAAUCUUAUAGAUGAUUGGCGGUUUGGAAUACAGCUGAACCCUCAUUUUAUGGGCAUCGACCUCAAGUUUUUCUUUGUUAGAGCUGGAAUGAUGGGUUGGCUAUUUAUCAGUCUUUCAAUUUUCGCAAGAAGUAUCGGAGAGGGCACGUUGAGUCAAUCAAUGGUCCUCUUUCAGUUAUUCUGUUCGAUAUGCAUUCUGGACUACUUUAUUCAUGAGGAGUACAUGACCUCCACAUGGGACAUAAUUGCGGAGAGAUUGGGCUUUAUGCUGGUAUUUGGAGAUCUAGUCUGGAUUCCUUUCACUUUCAGCAUCCAGGCAUGCUGGUGGCUUCUGAGCGAUGUUGAGUUAAGAACAGCCGCUGUUAUUGCAAAUUGCUUCACUUUUAUUAUCGGGUACCUAGUAUUUAGAGGAACCAACAAGCAAAAGCAUGUUUUUAAGAAAGAUUCCAAAGCGCCUAUCUGGGGUAAACCUCCAACUGUCAUUGGGGGAAAGUUGCUUGCUUCUGGUUAUUGGGGAAUUGCAAGACAGUUUAAUUACCUUGGGGACUUGUUACUUGCACUGUCUUCUAGUUUACCUUGUGGGUUCUCCAGUCCCAUAUAUCCAAUAUAUCUUCUCAUUCUGCUUAUUUAGAGAGAAAGAAGAGAUGAAGCUCGCUGGGCCGAGAAGUAUAGGGAUAUCUGGGCAGAAUACCGCGGACUGGUUCCAUGGAGAAUAUUACCCUACGUUUAUUAACAAGCAUUCUCUACAGUAACUUAACAUAUCAUGAUGGCGUAGCUGCGAUUAUGAUCAAAAUGCCGAGCGAAUGUAGCUGAACCCCAUGCACUCUUGUUUGUACCAAAUGACUACAAUUUUGAAUACACUAAUCAUAUAGUGCUCGUGUUCCGUCUUAGUGACAUGAAAAUAAAUCCAGAAUGGA